ACACUUCACUCUUUCUCCGUCGAAAAUGUCAGCAAUACACAGCCUCCGCCACCACCCUCCGCCUCUACUCAACAAUUCCAAAAUCCACUGCCAGAAGUCCAAAAACGACGUGGCGUUCGAAGAGAAAAAAUCCGUUUCCGUAGACUAUGACAGCGGCCAGCAUCACGUCUCCACUCGAUUGACCGGAGUCCGAAAAGCCGACCUGCAGAAACGAUACCGUUUAAAAGUCGCAGGCGACCGGUUUCAAAAAGACUUGACUCUAUCUCAAGUCGUCCAGAAGAUUCUAGAACUGAAUGCUAAAUACGACGACGUUGAGUAUGUCCUUAACCACUGGAUUGGCCGUUUUGCCAGAAAGAAUUUCCCGUAUUUAAUUAAAGAGCUAACGCAGCGAGGUGAAUUGGAACAUAGCAUGUUAGUUUUUAGUUGGAUGAAGUUGCAGAAGAAUUAUUGUGCACGGAGUGAUAUUUAUAAUAUGUUGAUUAGGCUGCACGCUAGACAUAAUUGCACUGAUCAGGCUCGCGGUUUGUUCUUCGAAAUGCAAGAAUGGAGGUGUAAACCGGAUUCUGAAACUUAUAAUGCGCUUAUAAAUGCGCAUGGAAGAACUCGUCAGUGGCGCUGGGCUAUGAAUAUAAUGGAAUACAUGCUUCGUGAAGCUAUUCCCCCUAGUCGAUCAACAUAUAACAACUUGAUCAAUGCUUGUGGAUCUAGUGGAAAUUGGAGAGAGGCUCUGAACAUCUGCAAGAAAAUGACUGAAAAUGGUGUAGGUCCUGAUCUUGUGACUCAUAAUAUUGUUUUAUCUGCAUAUAAGACUGGUGGUCAGUACUCAAAAGCUUUGUCUUAUUUUGAGCUAAUGAAAGGAACAAAUAUUCGUCCUGAUACAACAACACUGAACAUUGUGAUAUAUUGCUUUUUAAAGCUUGGUCAGUAUGAGAAAGCCAUUGAUAUUUUCAGUUCCAUGAGGAAAAAGACAUCAGAAUGCCAGCCAGAUAUUGUAACAUAUACAACCAUGAUCCAUCUGUACUCUGUGAGUGGGCAAAUUGAAAACUGUAAGUCUGUGUUUAGUAUAAUGCUUGCAGAAGGUCUGAAGCCCAAUAUUGUUUCAUAUAAUGCUCUGGUCGGAGCAUUUGCCUCACAUGGAAUGAGUGAAGAGGCGUUGUCAGUUUUUAAUCAGAUUAAAGCUAGCGGAUUUCGACCAGAUGUCGUGUCUUAUACUUCCUUGCUUAAUUCUUAUGGAAGAUCAAAGCAACCUGAAAAAGCAAAGGAGGUGUUUAAUUUGAUGAAGAAGGCCAAGUUGAAGCCAAAUGUUGUUACCUUCAAUGCGCUGAUUGAUGCUUAUGGAUCUAAUGGUUUGUUAGUGGAAGCUGUGGACAUUUUGCGCAAAAUGGAGCAAGAUGGAAUUCAACCAAACAUUGUCUCCAUAAGUACUCUUUUGACAGCCUGUGGCCGCUGUGGUCGAAAGGUGAAUAUUGACACUGUGCUCUCAGCUGCUAAAAUGCGAGGCAUUAAGUUGAACACAGUUGCAUGUAAUUCGGCUAUUGGAAGCUAUAUGAAUGUCGGCGAAUACGAAAAGGCUGUGGCUUUGUACAAAUCCAUGAUAAAAAUGAAAGUGGCACUUGAUUCUGUUACUUAUACAGUAUUGAUAAGUGGCUGCUGCAAGAUGUCAAAAUAUGAUGAGGCACUUGAAUUUUUUGCGGAUAUGAUGGAUCGAAAAAUCUCUUUGACCAAGGAGGUUUAUUCAUCUGUAAUAUGUGCCUACAGCAAGCAGGGCCGAGUCACAGAAGCUGAAUCUAUUUUCAACAUGAUGAAGAUGGCUGGCUGUUGUCCUGACAUAAUUACUUAUACUACAAUGCUUCAUGCUUACAGUGCUGCAGAAUGCUGGGAAAAGAUCUCUGCUCUACUUCAUGAAAUGGAAGAAAGUAAAAUCCAACCUGACACUAUUGCAUGCUCAGCUCUGAUGAGAGCAUUCAAUAAAGGAGGGAAUCCAGCACAGGUCCUUACUUUGGCAGACUUCAUGAAAGAGAGAGAAAUCCCCUUCAACGAUACUGUUUUCUUUGAAAUGAUUUCAGCAUGUAGCCUAUUACGGGACUGGAGGACAAUAAAUAACUUGUUGAAAUUGAUGGAGCCUUCGUUAUCUAUAACAUCAGUUGGACUUUUGAAUCAGCUUCUACAUGUAACUGGAAAAAGUGGGAAGAUUGAGUCUAUGAUGAAGUUGUUUUUCAAGAUUAUAGCAUCGGGUGCUGAAAUUAACUUCGACACUUAUUCAAUCAUGUUGAAGAAUCUCCUGGCUGUUGGAAAUUGGAGAAAAUAUAUUGAGGUAUUGGAAUGGAUGGAAGAUGCUGGAGUUCAUCCUUCACUUGGAAUGUAUCAUGAUAUAUUAUCCUAUGCGCAAAAGGGUGGUGGAGCUGAAUAUGCUGUUAUCAUACAAGGAAAAAUUGAAUCACUCAGAAGAAAUUGUGGGAAACAGAUUUUAACAGCCAAGGUGUGAGAUUGUCAUGUUUCUAGCUUCAUGCUGGCCAAAUGGGAUGCGCUUUUGAAACAAGGAAAUUGCAAGAACUUCUCCUGCCACAUGCAUAGAAAUGCUGAUAAGAUUACAUCUAUGAAGAUGGAAGAGUUGUAAUACUAGGAGGCACAAACAGAGAAGAAUAUGGAGAACUAAAAGACCACCAUGAUAACUCGAUGGUGGAUGAGGAAGGUGAAGGUCUCAGGUGGACUUAAGCGCGGCAGUGACAAUAUUAUGUAUAGGACAAUAGCUUCAAAUUCCAAUUGGUUCAGUUUUGAUGCUGAUAAAGAAAAGUAAAUUAUUUGAAACUUAAAUCUGAAUAUAAGAAUCCUAAUACCACCAAAUUGUUGGCACUAGGGGUCGUACACAAAUGGAGUCUUCCUAUUCCUUUAUUAGAAUUGAAACUUGUGCAGAACUAGAAGCUAGUCUUCCAAGUUAGAAGAUCCUGGUGAUGCCAUAUAUAUUAGCAUGAGUUCAUUGGAUGGUCUGGUAGAUGAAUUAUUGAGGAAGAUUCUCAUCAAAAAAUUUGUUGAUUCAGUUCAACAUGCUAAAUUCGUCACCUAAGUGUUGGUCAUCUUCUGUUUCCUGUUCGAUUUUUGUUCACGGUAUGUAAUUCACAGGCCCUCGAUUAGCAGGCAUGCUCUGAUCUACCAACAUGGUUUAGAAUUUGAUUCAUUUGCAUCUGUACUUCCGGACCCGUAUUUGGUGGUUGAGUUUGCUUCCAAGUGUCACCUUUUAAAUUCCACAAAUUACCACGAAAACUUAUUCGCGUUCUCAGGUUGAUAAGUUGUUGCAAAGGAAGACUAAUCAACUGCAGCAAGUUGUCUCCGAAGCAGAAAAUAAUAGCUUCACGGUCAUCAAUGCCCUGCCCUUAGUUUUUCGUUACUGGAAAAACUCACUUCCGAUUCUUGGCAAGCAAACCACAGGUUCAUGUAAAUUUAAAUUGAAAUAAUGCGUCUUUAUUGUCUGAUUUGAUGGAAAUUCUAGCUGUAGCUUAAGGUUUUCAAUUCAAAAUAGUUUUUGGCAGGAACAUAUAUGUUUAGGUUUGAUUUUGAUUUAGGUGAAUUCUUAACAGUUAAUUGCUUCCACUAGUAAUAUAAGCAUUCUGCCACAGAAAACUUAACUUAAA